UAUCACCAUUAAACAGGAAAGGGCGCUGGCCAAAUAUUAGAGAAAUAGUUAAUUGGGAAAGAAAGUAGGAUUAAGAAAUAAAAUUACAUUGCAUUAUUUGUAAAUGAGGACAAUUUGCACACAACAUUGACUAGGUUAGUUUUCAAUUUGCAAUUAACAGAUUGCAAUUAAUUUGCCAAUUGUUGUAUAAAAUUUUGUAUAUAAACAACGUAAAAUGUAGAAUAAAUUACUAUUGACACAAAAGUCGUUUAGUCACUCUACGUGAGCACGGGGCUUCCAAGUCUUUAAAAUUCGGUGCAUGAGACUGUGUACCACCCUGUGCUUACACUAAAUAAUAUUGGGAGUAAUCUCAAUAUUGUUCAUGGUCCUUCGAGCCAACACCAGCGGCAGAAAAUAAAAAGGUCCUUCAAGCCACCACCAGCGGCAGCAAAACCACUAUUAGCAGUCAAGGAUUUACGACCCUUGGACUUGAGCGAGAGGCACUGGGUAAGCGGAAUUUUAUUUUGACUAAAAAAGUCAAGGGAAGCGGCGAAAAACAAAAGGAUCCUACCUACUAACAAAAAGGCGAUCAAGAGUCGCGUCGCUGAUGCAGAAGAACGCCGGCGACAACAACUGGAGACUGAUUCCUGUAGCAGGAAGGAGCAAACCAUACAGCUUCAGUCCAACGUUAAGAGUCCGGGGGGACCCACGGAUAUCUGCGUGCGACAAACACAACGUUGCAUUACAGAACAAGUUUUUGGAAUUAUUCGGGCCAGAACCAAAUUUUCAGCAUCCGACACAACAACUACUACUAAAAAAAAAAAAAAAGGGGAAAAACGGUUCUGAAGUAAGAGGGGGUGUUGGUUUGGAUUCUGUUUUAGCUACCAGAAGUUCAAAUGGAGCAAUUAAACGAACUCGCACGGAAACAACAGGAGAUUGGUCAACAAAUGUGUAAAAUGUUAGCCAAUAUGAAGAAAGACUCAGCCUCCAGGAAAACCAGCGAAUAUAUUGUGAAACAUGACCGACAGCUAGAAGCUUAUCAGGAAGGUAUCGAAAAAAAUCAUAACGAAAUUAUCGAAUUACAGAUACAAAAUCAUGAGUAUCACAGUACAAAGUACAGAGAUCAGCUGCAAAAGGUCUACGACAACACGAUAAAUUAUCUACAACAGUUACAGAAUCAGCAGAAGAAGGAAGAGGAUAUUGAAGAAAUGGAUAACGAACAGGAGCUCCGAAUAAAAAAACAGGAGGUUCGUCUAAAACAAUUUAGAGGGAUAUUGUUUCAAAUGGAAGAGGAAAUAAUGGAGCAGAACUUAAGACGCUGCGAAACAUUGUACACCAAAGCAGAGAAGAAGUGGGAAGUAAUAUCAGAGCUUGAAGUGGACAUUCAAGCAAACGAGGUGAGCUUCUCUCAUGAGUAUUUUAGAAAGGAUCCAGUCACGAAAAUGGAAUUCGAAUACGAUAACAUACAAGAAAAAUUAAAAAUGCUCACCAAAAAGGCAAGUAUAAAGGCGACAAACAACAUCGAGCUGCCCAAAAUAAAAAUACCAACGUUCCGAAGUGGAUAUGACAAUUGGGCUCCCUUCCACGAUUUGUUCGAGAAAUUAAUACAUUCCAACGAGAAGUUAUCGAACGCGGAGAAGAUGCACUAUCUGAAGGGGCAUGUGGACGGAGAAGCAGCAAGACUUAUACAGCAUCUAAUGAUCUCGGAACAAAAUUACGUAACAGCAUGGAAGAUCCUUCAAAACAGGUAUAAUAACAAAAGAUUAAUGGUAAAUACGUUAUUAGAUAGAAUCCUGGAAUUCUCGAAAAUGGAAACAGCGAAGGCAUCUCGAUUGAAAUGGCUUCACGAUACCAUACAUGAGUGUCUGGAGACAAUAUCAAAUCUGGGAAUGGAUACAUCGUCAUGGGGUCCAAUGGUAAUUAGAAUCACCACAAAGAAAUGGGACUCAGAAACCAACAGGCUAUUUGAGCAGUCACUAAAACAACCAAAUGAAAUCCCAGCAUUAGGAGAAGUGAUGCAGUUCAUGCAGACGAGGUUCCAGUCCUUGGAGGCAUCGGGGUCAAUGCAGAGCAAGGAUGCGAGUCCUAGGUACACCUGGGGAAACACGUCCACCAUAUCAUGCCAUUACUGCCAACAGGAGCAUCGACUUGAACAAUGCCUUAAGUUCAAGGGGCUAUCAAUCAACGACAGAAACAAGGAAGUAAGAGAAAGAAAAAUAUGUUUUAGGUGUUUAAAACACAACAGCGAGGAAAAAUGCUACUCAGCGUACAGGUGUGCAGAAUGCGGUUAUCCACAUCACACUUUACUUCACCAACCGUACAAACCAAUAGCAGAGCGGGCAACACAAGCAAGCACAAGAACAUCACACACUACAGUAUCUAAAAGGAAUUGUCAAACCCAAAAGGAAAACCAGGAAGUACUACUAGCAACAGCGAUAGUACAAGCACAAGACCUCACUGGCGUACAGCAAUUAUUAAGAGUACUAGUGGACCCUGGAUCACAAGCCUCGUUCAUCACAGAAAAGGCAGCACAGCAGUUGAAGCUACCACGACAAAAAGCGAAUGCAAGGGUAUCAGGAAUAGGUGGUUAUGAUCACACUAACGCAAAAACCAAGAUAACGGUUCAAUUACAUCCAAGACAACCAAGUGAGUAUGAGUUAACAACAGAACUAAUCAUUCUCACAAAGAUAACCGAAAAUCUACCACUGGCGUCGUUUGAGAUGAACAAAGAUCCAUGGAAGAAUGUGCUGUUAGCUGAUCCCACGCUGAAUAACUCCGGACCAAUUGACAUACUACUGGGUGCCGAGGAAUACGCAAAGAUCAUACUACCGGGAGUCAUGAAAGAAGGAAAAUUAGUGGGUCAACAAACCGAAUUUGGGUGGGUGAUAUCCGGGCAAACAAAGCACGGUGUCAACCAAGGCUAUCAAAUACUGGGCAUGGUAUCAACAAUGGAAGAAGAGACACAACUAUCCAAAUACUGGGAAAUAGAAGAAGCGACCAUGGCUAAUGGGUUCAAUGAAGAAGACAAGAAGUGCGAAGACCACUAUAAGGCAAACACUACACGCAGCCCCGAUGGAAGAUACACAGUCAAGAUUCCAUUCAAGAAGAAUUCGAUCAAAUGGGGGCGAUCCAGACCACUAGCAAUAGCCAGGUUGUUGCAACUGGAGAAAAAACUAGCAGCAAACGACAAGAUGCGUGAAGAAUACAACGCGUUUCUACAAGAAUACCUGGAUUUGGGUCACAUGGAAAUGGUACAGGCACACUCAAUCGAGGGCACACGCUAUUACAUACCACACCAACCAGUGAUAAAGGAAUCCAGUACUACAACGAAGAUGAGAGUGGUGUUUGAUGCAUCAGCCAAAACGACGACCAGCGGAAGUUUAAAUGAGAUGAUGUAUGUGGGACCGAGGUUGCAGCCAGACAUAGCCGAUAUAUUACUAAGAUGGAGAAAACAUCAAUAUGCGUUCACAGCAGAUAUUAAAAAGAUGUACCGCCAAAUAAGGAUACAUCAAGACGAUCGCCAGUUCCAGACUAUAGUAUGGAGAUUCGAACGUAAUCAGCCGAUACGCGAAUACCAGCUCAACACAGUAACAUAUGGAACAGCGGCAGCUCCAUACUUAGCCAUAAAGACACUACAACAGUUAGCAGAAGACGAAAAAGAAGAGUAUCCAUACGCAGCACGAGUCACGCUACAAGACUUCUAUGUGGACGACAUUUUAUCUGGUGCUAACAGCAUACCUCAAGUAGUACAAUUGCAAAAAGAAUUAACCAAUAUGCUAAAAAAAGGAGGGUUCCAGCUACAUAAAUGGGCAGCCAAUAAAGAAGAGAUAUUAACCACUAUUCCCAUGGAAGCUAGAGAUCCUGCUGUAGCCGAGUUCAACAAUGACGACCAGAUCAAAUCGUUGGGAAUAAGAUGGAUACCAAACCAAGACAUCUUUACGUUCAAAUUCAAGGAUGGCCAAGAUAAACCAACCAAACGGAACAUUUUGUCGGAAGUGGCCAAGAUAUUCGACCCUUUGGGUUGGCUGUCACCAAUACUCCUAAAUGCAAAAUUACUCAUACAAAGACUCUGGCUAUCCAAUACAGGCUGGGACGAAGAGGUGGCGGAAUCAAUCAAGAUAGAAUGGACAAACUUCAAAAUCGAUCUCAGUAUGGUGGAAUACUUACGGAUACCUAGAUGGAUGCAGUACGAUCAAGACCAAGAAAAAAUAGAACUUCAUGGGUUCUGUGAUGCAUCAGAAAAAGCGUAUGGAGCAGUGGUGUACUCAAAAACAGGAAAUGGGUGCAUAAGUCUAUUAAUGUCAAAAUCAAAAGUCGCCCCAGUACGAACCAGGCAAACGUUACCUAAAUUAGAAUUGUGUGCAGCAGUGCUACUAGCAAAGGUGCUAAAAAGAGUGACAGAAGCAUUACAGAUACCAAAAACAACAGUGUACGCGUGGACCGAUUCCAUGAUCACACUCGCAUGGAUGAAAGGUGACGCAAACAAAUGGAAAACCUUCGUGGGAAGUCGAGUGGCACAAAUCACAAGCAUGACCGCAAAAGAACAAUGGAACCAUGUGCGUACUAAUGAUAAUCCUGCAGAUCUGGUAUCGCGAGGAACAACAACAUCCAAAUUAAAAAACAACACGUUAUGGUGGAAUGGACCCAUAUGGCUAAAAACAGAUAAAUGGAAACACAGUACAAGCGAAUAUCCUACAACAGAGGUAGAGAGCAAGAAAACUAUGACAAUAAUAGUGAACAAUAGGAACGAGCUAGCAGAAAGGUUUUCUUCACUAACACAACUAAUUCGAGUGACAGCAUACAUCAUUCGAUUCAUCAAGCAUUGCAAAAAAAUUACAGUAGCUGACGAACAUUUAACAGUAGAAGAACUCAAUACGGCAUUAAAGAAACAUAUACAAGUAACACAACAGAAUACAUAUCCAAGGGAAAUACAAAAGUUAAGUAAGAAAGAACAAGUACACAAGGACAGCAAGUUAGAAUCGCUCAAUCCGUUUCAAGAUGAAGACAGUUUACUUAGGGCAGAUGGGAAAGCAUCAAAAAGGAGUAUUCAUCAACUAAUACCAAUCACGACAGAAGAAGGUAACACCGCAGAAAAAAAUCAAACAGCAACAUCACAACAACACGCAUAUGGAUGCAAUCUGAAAACAUUCGUUAUAAGCAUACUAAUGCUAUUGGUCACAGUAACAGCAGAAUACAAUAUUACAUAUCCAAAGCCAGGUUUCUACAUUGAACACAUGGGAGAAGUUCAAAUUGAAAGAGGUAUAUUCCGAAUCGAUCUACAAUACAACAAAUCACGAAUCAAAGAGGAUAUAAACGCAGCAUUUCUAACGACUAGUAAUUUCAAAGAGUUGUGCAAGAACGCAACAGAAAUGACAGAAAACGUACAAUGUACAGAAUUGGUGCAACAUAUCGAGGAUCAAGAAAAUCAAUUGAGAUGGGUACAAGAGGGAAUCAACUACAUAAGUCAAACUCGUAAAAAAAGAGGUAUCUUGGGGAAUAUAUUAACGGCGAUAUUCGGUGUGAAUGACGAAGUAUACAAGGACAUUGAUGCGUUAAACAAGAAUCAGCAAGAGUUAAUGCGGAAUUCAGAAAGACAAUCCAAAAUAAUGUUGUCUACUAUAUCAAAAUUUAAAGAGACAGAAAACCGCAUCGAGAAGCAAUUAGAGCGCUUCAACACUAAAUUAAAUGAAGCGAUAAAAGCCAUAAACCAGAUGCAGAAAUGGUAUAAAACAAUAGACGAAAACAGACUAAAUAUUCACAUCUUAAGUACAUAUCAAACAGCAGUGAAUCUAGUAACAGAAGUACACAAUCACUACAGCAAAAUAAGAAACAUCCACUACAACCAAGGGAACUUUCAAGAACUUAUAUCAGAAACCCACAUCAGAAGUAUUAUUACAUCGGCAGAGCAGAAAUUACCAAGCAUCCUCAAGAUUUUACCACAUCCAAUAAUCAAAGUAACUACAAAACAAACAGUGGAAGUGAUUCAUGUGUUCGGGUUUUUUCUGGUGGCAGAGAUCACGGUAUACGUGAUUAUGAAAGUCACCCCAAUUCCUAUAAAAAUUGAAAAUUCUACGUUUUGGACCUUAAAUGUCAAUGAAGAAAUGCUAGCUGUGGACUACAACAAUCAACUAUAUUUCGAAAUAUCAAAUGAAGAAUUCAAAGACUGCCUACAAACAAACAAACACAAUUUUAUAUGUGCUCCCACUAUGGUGAAGAAAAUAGAAGAAAACAAAAAUUGCAUCAUUGACGAAGUCUACAACAGAACAGAAAUUAACCAAUGCAAUAUACAACAACAUGAGAUUCAAGGAUUAAUUUGGAAGCAACUCUAUGCCACCAAUACUUGGAUGUUCAUCACUAAUCAGUCCACACGUAUCGCUAUCUCCUGUAGUGGCGAACGACAGGAAAUCACGAUCAAUGCCACUGGAAUUAUCAGGAUUUCACAAGAUUGCCUGUUGAAAACAAAGAAAAGUAUACUCAAUCCGAAACGGGAUAAAAAGUUAUCAGUACUAGGUAGCUACAUAAAACAGUUUAACAAACCAUAUAAUCAUACAAGGUCAACUCAGCAAAUAACCAAAGUAAUAGAAGAAUCAAUAUUCCAUGCAGAAGACUCUUUUAAACAGCUAAAAGACGAAGAAGAAACUCUUAAUGCAGAUAUUCGAAAUAUCAAAUGGCGGUCCACAACAUCACAGUCCAUUAUUACAAGCACGACAACUACCUUACUCAUUGCAAUUAUCUUGGCACUCGUACUAGGAAUAAGAUUCUACAUCCAGCACAGAAACAAAUCACAUACCAAGGACAACGAUCACGAAGCAGUUCAGUUAGAACCAUUAUAUUCAACUAUUCCCGGGGAAACACAAAACUAAAAGAUAGAUUAGGGCGCGGCUGGCAGAAUGUUUAAUAUCACCAUUAAACAGGAAAGGGCGCUGGCCAAAUAUUAGAGAAAUAGUUAAUUGGGAAAGAAAGUAGGAUUAAGAAAUAAAAUUACAUUGCAUUAUUUGUAAAUGAGGACAAUUUGCACACAACAUUGACUAGGUUAGUUUUCAAUUUGCAAUUAACAGAUUGCAAUUAAUUUGCCAAUUGUUGUAUAAAAUUUUGUAUAUAAACAACGUAAAAUGUAGAAUAAAUUACUAUUGACACAAAAGUCGUUUAGUCACUCUACGUGAGCACGGGGCUUCCAAGUCUUUAAAAUUCGGUGCAUGAGACUGUGUACCACCCUGUGCUUACACUAAAUAAUAUUGGGAGUAAUCUCAAUAUUGUUCAGAAGGCUAUGUUUAUUUCAUUCCUGCUGGCCAAAGUAAUGAAGUCACAGAUCUAGAUUUAGAUCUAGAGGAAACUCGAAAUGUGAGUUUUUCCACUUUUGAAGAAUUUAAAACGGCCGCGUUCAACAUUUGGACUGCUACUCUUCCGAAUGAUUCAAACAAAUGGAUUGAAGGCACUUGCAAUUGCCCAGGAUUUUUCAAAAAAUUAAUUUGUAAGCAUGUAGUGGGUGUUGCAAUAAGGCUGAAAUACACAACACCACCCGCUGA